AUGACCCUCUACCCAGGCGUGGCUCUCAUCACCGGUGCAGCAUCGGGAAUCGGCCGCGCAACAGCAAUCUCCUUUGCCCGCGAAGGCUGCCGCAAAAUCGCCAUUGCUGACCAGAACGAAACCGGCCUUGAAGAAACAUCAAAGCUACUACAAGAAGCUGCUUCGAACGAAACCAUCGACGUCUUCAGCAAAAAGGUCAACGUAGCCGUCGAAGACGAGGUCAAUGGUUUCAUCGAUGGUGUUGCGGACAAGUUCGGACGCAUCGAUUAUUGUGCCAACUGUGCUGGUACGUUGCUUUCCCUUGCCUCCAUCUUCAAGGUGGUCAGAGGCAAGGCAGAGACAGUUGCUGAUCAGGAGCGUAUCUAUUGGCAGGUAUUCUGA